AUGGUUUCAGGUUUGAAUCCCAAUGUUGAAAGCAAGGACUUAGGAUGGAAAACAGGCAAUCCUAAAUUCACAACACCCAUUUCCCCAAUUCCUCUUGUUUACUCUAAUUUCAAGUCUAAUCGCAGUGAUCAUAUGGAGAAUUGGAGAAAGAAGGGUAAUAAAUAUACUCAAGAGCCUCCAAGAUUAAAUUCUCAUAAUUAUUACGGAAACCCACCUCUUGGUGGGAAUUCAAAUUGGCAGCAGAGCGUUCCAUCGUGGGAGAGAAGAUUCAUAACAUCCAUCGGAGCAAUGUCAUGGAAGAAGUUUUUGGAAGCAAAAGCUUACGCACAUCUCUAUGAAAACAUAAUGAAGUGGAACGAUUCUGCUGGAGAAGAAGCAUUCCAAACUGCAAAACAUAAUUUCCAUGCACAAAUUCACGGUCUUCCAUGCGACAUUAAACCGCAUAAUCCCGACUUGUAUAUUGAUCAAAUAGAUUGGAAUGAGAAAACCAACCACAAUCUAAUUCUAGACUUGAAUUCCGAUUCCAUGGCUCCCGAUUCCGACAGCAACCGUGAACCGGUUGUGAUCUUUGGGGAUGCCCUCCCGGAUCCAUAUAAAAACUACUCCCCCGCGGGUUGGGGAGUUGAAAGCAAAACUCGGGAUUGUCAGAAUAAGAUGCCGGAAGAUUGUAACAACGGGGUUGUUUAUGAUGAUUAUGUGAAUAAUUGGGAUGUAGAUUUAGAAGCUAUUAAUCCUCAGAGUGAAAAUGACAAUAAAGCCCAUGGAGAUCAAGGUUGGAACAAUGACAAUAACGGCUGCCAGGGUUGGAACAACAAUAUUCAUUAUCGAAAUGUGAAUAAUGGGGGAGGGAGGCAUAGAAGUUGGAGGUUUAAUGGGAAUAAUGAUUGUUCUUGGAGGAAUAAUGGGAAUAGGAGGAAACCAGUGGUUCAAGUCCAUGGGAAUCAAUGGGUUCAUAGGGUGCACCCGUGAGGUUAAUUAUGCAGAUGGUUUUCGUUUUCUUGAAUGUAAAGAAAACGUGUUGGCUUACCGACGCUUUCUGCUAGUUUUGUUAGUUAGUUAUCUUGGGGAAAUGUUUAAUUAAAUUUUGGAGAGUUUUGAGUAGGAGUUUGCGUACAUGUUUUAAUGUGAUGUUGAUAAGUUUUGUCGUCAUAAAACUUUGUUUUUUGGGCACCAAAUGCUUGGACAAAUCGGGUCCUUGUUGUGACAAUACAACCCAUCAACAUCAUUUCCUGAUAUGGAUUAGUAAUUAAAUAUCUAAAGUUCUGCAAGGUUUACUUUUUGGUUAAGUG